AAACGAGAUGGAAAAAGCAAGAAGAAAGAAAAAGGAAAAAAGAGAAGGGGAAAGAAGGCCCAAUUCCCCUGUUAAGAAAACGACCGCCAAAACCCCUUCUUCUUCGCUGGUUGGGAGAGAGAAAGAGAGAGAGAGAGAGAAGUAGGACAAAAGUUGUGCUUGAGAGAGAGAGAGAGAGAGAGUGAAUGAGUGAGUGAGACAGUAAAGAUCUAUUCUGAGGCAUGCCUGAGGAAGAAGAAGAGGCUUUGGAUCGAAGGAAUUGGAGGGUCGACCCCACCAAGCCAUACCAAGGUCCAAGAUUCUUACUACAUAUCGGAUCAUCCUUCGUUGAUUCUCGAUCUCUCUAGCGCCAUGAGAACUACGCGUUUCUUUGCGCGCUCUCUCUUAAUGCUCUUCGUCCUCUGCACUGCUAACGCAUUUCUGCGAGUAAAAGCAUUUACGGGAACUUAUGGAAUAAAUUAUGGAAGAAUUGCAGACAAUAUUCCUUCUCCUGACAGAGUUGUAACACUUCUUAGAGCAGCAAAGAUAAAGAAUGUUCGGAUUUAUGAUGCUGAUCGUAGCGUACUCGAGGCCUUUAGUGGGACUGGACUUGAAAUAGUGGUUGGACUACCAAAUGGAAACCUUAAAAACAUGAGUACUAAUGAGGACAAUGCCCUGGAUUGGGUUAAAGAAAAUGUGCAAUCAUUCCUUCCUGAUACACAUAUUGUUGGAAUUGCUGUGGGAAAUGAAGUUUUGGGAGGGAGCGAUCAAGGACUCUGGGAAGUUCUACUGGGAGCUGUAAAAAAUGUUUACAAUUCCCUAGAAAAGCUUGGUCUGGCUAAAGGAAUUCAGGUUUCUACUGCACAUUCACAGGCUGUUUUUGCUAAUUCUUACCCUCCCUCUUCAUGUGUUUUUAGAGAUAAUGUUGUUCAAUACAUGAAGCCACUCAUACAGUUCUUCUCACAGAUUGGAUCUCCUUUCUGUUUAAAUGCGUAUCCAUUUCUUUCCUACAUGAGUAAUCCAGAUGACAUUGACAUACAUUAUGCCCUUUUUGAGUCAAAUAAAGGAAUCUAUGAUCCCAAAACAGACUUGCAUUAUGAUAACAUGCUUGAUGCUCAGAUUGAUUCUGCCUAUGCUGCUUUGGAAGAUGCUGGAAUUAAAAAGAUGGAGGUCAUAGUCACAGAGACAGGGUGGGCUUCUCGUGGGGACGCAAAUGAAGCUGCAGCAACUGUAAAUAAUGCAAGGACUUUCAAUUAUAACUUGCGCAAAAGGCUUGCAAAAAAGAAAGGAACCCCACUGAGGCCAAAAAUGGUGGUGAAAGCAUAUAUUUUUGCAGUGUUCAAUGAGGAUUCGAAGCCUGGGCCAACUUCUGAGAGGAACUUUGGACUGUUUAAAGCUGAUGGGAGCAUUUCAUAUGAUAUUGGGUUUUCUGGGUUGAAAUCAUCAUCUGCCGCUGCAUCUAUUUUGUCUAUCAAGGACAUUAGGGCUCGGAGUUGGUGCGGGUCGCAGGCAUUGGUAUUUAUAGGCUGCAUGACGAUAUUGCUUUUGCUUUUGAGAGAUUAUGAUUGAUCUGAAGUUUUGAUGCAUUCACUCGAUCAUCUUACGAUCUCAGAGUAGCAUUUAGAAGCACUGAAAAAAAAUAAACUUACAGAUUAGGUACUCUGUUUCAUGCCACAUUUGCAGUAUACCACCACCAAUAUCUCAUCUCUGUCAAUUGAUUCUUGUAGGUGUGCAAAUCCCCUUGCUGGGAAGUUGCUCACCAUUUUUAUUGAGUUUAGCAAUCAAUAUGGGUUCUGUGCUUAAAUAAACCCUUCUUCUGUGAUCUAGCCUACCACUUCUUUACUUUAGUUUCAGUGUGUUUAAUAAAAUUCUUAGGUAGAUUCAUCUGUA